AAAUGUCAACAUCCUCAUGCUUUCUUUAUCUACUGCGUUGCAGCCACAAACAUUUUCUUGAAUUACUUUUAAUCUGAUUAUUAUGCUAUAAACUUUCAUAAGUUUUCUCAAUCAUUGUGUAAACUUUAUAUCUCAAAGUAAAAAAAUGGUUUCCAAGAAAAAGAAGAAGUAUUCAUCCGGAGAGGGAGCGCAGUUUAUGACAAGGAAAGCUGCAUUAAAGAAACUACAACUCUCAUUGAAAGACUUCAGACGCAUUUGUAUACUUAAAGGUAUAUACCCAAGAGAGCCUCGCAAUCGAAAAAGAGCCCAAAAAGGUGCUGGAGGCAUCAAAACCUUAUAUCAUACGAAAGAUAUUAAAUUUUUGUUGCAUGAACCGAUAAUAUGGAAGCUGAGAGACUUGAAGGUUUUUCAACAAAAAAUUCGAAAAGCUCGGGCUACAAGGCAAUUUGGUCAGAUGAGAAAAUAUCUCCGCGAUUAUCCGUCUAUUAACAUUGAUCAUAUUGUUAAAGAAAGAUAUCCAACAUUUGUUGAUGCUUUAAGAGACCUUGAUGACUGUCUCACAUUAUGUUUCCUCUUCAGUACCUUUCCAUCAAUAAAGAAAGUGCCAAGGGAUCAGUCUUUACUUUGCAGAAGAUUAUCCGUGGAGUUUAUGCAUGCAGUAAUUGCAGCGAAGGCUUUACGUAAAGUUUUUAUUUCAAUCAAAGGUUACUACUACCAAGCAGAAUUUGAAGGACAGACUAUAACGUGGAUUGUGCCACAUCACUUCUCAUUCCAGCCUCAAAGCAAAGAUGAAGUAGAUUUUAAAAUUAUGUCAACAUUUGUUGAAUUUUACACAAUGAUGCUGGGAUUCGUCAACUUCAAACUGUUCCAUUCUCUGAACCUUGUCUAUCCACCACAACUAACAGCGGGUUUUACACCAGAGACAGACAAGGACCUUGUUGAUGAACAUGCAUAUGUGGCUGAGAGAAUUGCCGCUCUGAAUAUUUCUGUAGCAAAAAUUGCUGGUUCUAACGAAGUGGAAGAGUUGCCUGAAAUUGAUAUAUUCCAGACAGAAGAUGGUGACCCACAGAAACUAGAAGAAGCUAAACUAGAAGUUGAAAAAGUUAAAAAUCUGAAGACCAUGUUUAAAGGUCUUAAAUUUUUCUUAAAUCGUGAAGUUCCAAGGGAACCUUUGGUGUUUAUAAUAAGAUGCUUCGGAGGUGAAGUGUCCUGGGACAAAGACCAUUUUGUAGGAGCUACAUUUGAUGAAAGUGAUGAGUCUAUUGCUUACCAGAUAGUUGACAGGCCUAGUAUGGAUAAGCAAUACCUUUCUCGUUAUUAUGUUCAGCCCCAGUGGGUAUUUGACAGUGUUAAUGCCAGAACACUACUUCCAAUCAAUAAGUAUUUAAUGGGAGCUGUUCUGCCACCACAUUUAUCACCAUUUGUUGACAAGAUUAAGGACCAAGUUUAUAUGCCACCUGAAGAGAGAGCUUUGAAGGAUCCUAACUUUAAACCAUUAGAUGAUGAGCCAUCAGGAAGUGAUAUUGAGGAAGCCAGUGAUGAAGAUGCUGAAGAGAAAGAGGAAAACAGUUCAGAGGAAGAUGAUGAAAAAGCGUUGACACGGCAGUAUCAGCAAGAAGUAGCAGAAGACUCUACUAGUGAGGAUGAAGAUGUUAAAGAUGAUUUAGAUCCAGAGAAAAAGAAACUAGCUAAAGAAAAGAAAAAAGCAAUGGCGGUGUCAACUGGUGUAACACACAAAGAAAAUCCAUAUCAGAAAGAAAUUGAGGAUAAACAGGCAUUCAGACUAAGAGAGAAACUUGUGAGGAAAAAGCAUAGAAACCUUUACAAGAGCAUGAAAGCUGGUCAGGAACAGAGGAAGAAGGAGAUAUGGCUGUUAAGGAAGAAGCGACGACUACACGACGAGAAAGUCAAAGAAGAGAAAAAGGCAGAGAAACGUAAACAGAAAAUGCAAGCACUGGAAGCCACUUCUUAAUAUGAUAAAUGAAAUAAAUAAAACAUCUAGUAAAAUAAA